AUGGCGUUUGAGACCAGUGUCCUGAGGGACGGUGCCUGGGUCACGGAAAGAGUUGAUUUCCAAGCCGCACUGGAUGUAUAUGCACCGCCGACCAAGUCCAACUCCGAGGAGGUUUCAUUCGGAGACCAUCCUCCCUGUGGGAUUUUGUCAAGAACUGUCAUUGAGAGUCCCGUUGUCAACUCGGUGCACUCAGUCCGCUUGAGGUCAAGGUGGAAAAAUGAUAUUGCUUUCAUUGGAGACCGAUAUGUCCAAAUAUCGGAGCUUCGCAGUGAUGGGCAGCUUCACAAUGUUUUAAGGGUCACUGACUUUGGCGCCCGAAUUCGCAAUUCCACAGUCCUGGGCACCGGCCCAAUUCCAACUGGAGGUGCUGAAAAUGGUCCUUCCUUUGGCAUGGACGACGAUGUCAAGCUUGAAUUGCUCAGCCAAUCCGAGCGCGUGUCGAUCAAUAUGAGGGAGGACAAGGCACCCAGCCUUCCUCCACAACUACUUCUCCUGAUACUUGAAACGGGAGAUAUUCUCUUCGCAUUUAUUCAGCUAGAUCCCAUCACGAAUGCACUUAGACUUGUAACCAGCAAGAUCCCGCCACCAGGAAACAUCCCAUACUUUGGUAAUCAGUUUGUUGUUGAUCCAUCCGGUCGUUACCUGGCAGUUUCUUCCCUGGACGACACCCUUGUCAUUCAUCUAUUAAAACCAUGGAAACUACUGAAUGAGGAGUUCAAGCAACAUGGCCGUAUCAUGCCGGUAAUGGAGACCUCCAUCCGAGUAGUGAAUGGCAAUAUUCAAAAUAUUACAUUUCUCUUCCCAAGUCAAGCAGACGAAUUCCACAUAAUUCUAGCCUUGACGGUAUUCUCACGGAAACGAACCAACAACCAAGGCUGGAUGCUGUUCGUACAUGAAUGGGAGCUGGGUGAUGAUCUCUUGAAUAUGUUUGCGAAAACCAGGAAUCCGGUCCGUUUUCCCGAGUUUUCCGAAUUCCCCUAUCUUCUCAUCCCGAUCAAAUUUGGGAAUGCAUUCUUUAUCCUUUUUCAGCAUUUCAUUGGAUUGUGUAAGCAGUCGUUGUCGGCCCCAGAGUAUGAAUUCACGAUGCUGCAUGCUCCAGGCCCAUCGAAACAUCAUCACGGGACCAGCUACCCUCUAUGGACAACAUGGGCGAAGCCAUUCCGGCGGGAGUCAUACUCACAGGCGACAGAAAUUAUCUAUCUUGUACGAGAGGAUGGAUUCCUUGAAUACAUUGAGUUAGAAUCAUCCCAUCUGAUGUUCUCAGUCACUGAUGUUGGGUUCCUCAACACUCAUGUAUCGCUGGCGUUCACUGUUGCCUCUAACGGCUUCUCUGAUUUACUAAUAAUAGGUGGGGAUUCCGGCCCUGGAGCACGGCAGGAGCCAGAGAAGAUCAUGGCAAUCCCAAAUUGGUCGCCUGUUGUUGAUGCCACAACGACCGACCUAAACACAUCUUUGGUGAGCGUGGCCCCGGCAAAUCAGCGUGGAGACAAUUCUAGAGGUCACAAGCCCCCGGAUAGGAUAUUUCUUGCCUCUGGACGUGGAGCAACCGGUAGUGUUACAGAAAUCCGGCAUGGCAUCCAAGCGAGGAUUGGGCUGGACUUGGAACUGGGUGAACCUGUUCGGCAAGUUUGGCUAUUCUCCGAUGAUAGAUUAGAAAGUGGAAGCAUGGUUGCAAUUUUGGCGCUACCUUAUUCCACUGCCAUUCUCUCGUUCUCGAGCAAUCUGGAAGAUGUUGUGGCUGAGCCAGCGGACCAGACGCCCUUUGAUUCAACAGCACGUACUCUGUGUUCAGCUCGGAUUGUUUCAGACGUCAUUAUCCAAGUUACCGAGGAAACGAUCACAAUUGUUACGCACUCUCAGAGCUCGCAGCACAGGCUCAAAGAGCUGUGUGGUUUGCCAGAAUAUAUACCCCAAAGGGUCUUCUCGGCUCACCAAUUCAUUGUACUUUCGAGAUCUCAACCGCAGGGCUCUGAGUUGCGAGUUCUUCGUGUCGAAGAGAUGAAUGUAAUCCCCGAAAGCUGCUGGGAAACUCCAGGAGAGGAUUCUUGCAUCUCUCUACUUGAGUCGUCUGGAGAAUGUUAUCUUCUUCUGGGCGAAAUGAUAGAUAGCUUGCCCUCGAUUUCUAUCUACUCGAUGGAUGGGAAUCUAGUCAAGAGACAAGGCAUCACGGAAAAUACAGCUACAACUCAAAAUUCCCAAUCCUCACUAGAGGCACUCACAAGUAUUGUUGUAGCUAAAGAGCAGCAGGAUUACUUCGUCGCCAUUGCUGGAACUCGCUGUGGCCGUUUGAUAACCUUUCAAAUACCCAAAAACGCCAGUAUGCAGAUCUCUUGGAGGAUUGAGCGAUUAGGGAACUCGCCUGUGGAAGUGUUUCCCUAUUCAAAUUCAGAUGGGGCCGGUGCUGGAACUCCAUUUUUAUGCUAUGACAACAAUGCAGUUCAGCUGGGCAAAUAUUGCCCUGAAUCGAAUCGCUUCAAAAGCAAAACAACUAUCUGGCCAACGGAUAUGAGCGACUCUUCUCUUCAAGUACCCCCGAUUCACUCUGUCUUUGAAGUUGGCUCAUACCAAGGGGAUAGUGCCAAAUACUCGAUGCUUGCAAUGGUCGCUGGUACGAGAAUGCUUAUCGCUGAUCUGAGUGGCCACUCUAGCUCUAUCCCUCGGAGCAUACCUGUUGAUGGUACCCCGACAAGGAUACUCUAUUCAGAUGUAUGGAAGUGUCUUGUAGUCGGUUACCAGGUUGAAAAUAAGCCCUCCAUAGCCUUCAUCGACCCUGACACUGGGGACUCGAUAUCAAAAGCGAUCGAUAAAGACAGAAACGCAUGCGAGUUCAUUACCGGGCUGGGCCAAGCUGACGAUCGGAUAUUUGGGCUCCAGGAAUGGCUUUACAUGAAAAACGGCGAGAUGUUCCCCUUCAUUAUUGUCACAACGCAAAGCGGCGGCCUUCUAAUCGUCUCUGUCCGGGAAGAAAGGAAGAGGAAACAAGAAGGCGGCACUAGACAACUUCAGCACUGGACCCGAUAUAGGAAGAAAGGGUUCAAAGUGCCCAUCUAUUCAGUAGUGCCUGACCAGGAAGGACUUGUCUACUGUGCUGGCCGAACACUAUACUGGGACGUCCUCGACUUGGCUGAGAAGAAGAUGAAGACAGCCAAGUCGUUUGAGCUGGACUCGCCAGCUACUUCGCUGUCGAUAUCGAACGGGAAAAUCUGGGCGUUGACGAGCAUGCAUUCACUCCAAAUUGUGGACCAUCGGAGUGAUCCUGGAUUACACGAUAUGAAGCUUUUGCAUAUCGAUCGGGCCACACGAACAACGAGCCACAUGAUUAGCGUUGGGCCAACUACGCAAAGUGAUCUCUGGCCAGUUACACUUCUGUCUGAUGUCUCGGGUGGCAUUGCGGGUGUGUGGGUGCCAUGGGAUAAACGAAACCAAGAGCUGGUGGCGGUAUUCGAAGGCCAGCUGGGCAACUCGGUGAGGAGAUUUAUACGAGCAAAGUGCCGCCCUACCUGGCUGCUGGAAGGGCAUACGCGGCCGCGGUACGGUUGCAUACAAAGCACUGCCGACGGGGCUGAGAUCUUGGGCGUUUCUCUGGAUGGAUCGAUGCGGCAUUUCACUCUUUUACAGCAAGACCUCAGGCGAUUUCUGUAUCUUGUGCAGUCGCUCUGGAGAGCCGAGAAGUCGGCUAGAUAUCCCCACGAACAGCUCAAUACGCUCCUCCAAGCUAUGGAGCACCCCAAGAGCCAGCAUAUCGAUGGUGAUGUGCUGAUUGCCUGUCUGGAUCAGCGAUUACUGGAGAGGUUGGUCCAUGAGAGCGGUACUCAGGAUCUUUUCCGCAGAUAUCUGGAUGAGCUGGAGGGUGGGUUGCACACGAGAAGCUUUGGACGAAUCGACACCGAGGAGAGCAUGGAUUUGGGCCUGGGGGAUGAUCUGCAGGGGAAAUAUAUGAGACUGGGGUACGAUAUCUUGGACUAUGUUCUCGCGCCUGUUCUCUAG